UUUAACUGUAGAAAUUCCGCGCGGACGGAGCAUCUACUUCUCCAAUAAUCAACCGGGCCAGAGCAUUGCAUUGUCAAGAGUCUGUCCGAGGAAAUUUUCCGAGCAUCCGAAGUCUCCUUUCCUGCUGCAAAUGUCGCAAGAAGGUCCUCACGGCGUUUCGGGCUCUGCAUCAUCAGCUCCGGUGACAGGAAACAACUUCGACGUGUUCCUGAGCUUUAGAGGAAGCGACACCCGAAAGGGAAUCACCGAUGUUAUCUACGAGGGCCUUGUUCAGGCCGGGGUUCGCACCUUUAGAGACGAAGAAGAGAUUUCCGAUGGAGAGUCCAUCUCAAAGGAGCUUCAUGGAGCAAUCAAGUGGUCGAAGAUUGGCAUCCCGAUCUUGUCAAGAGACUAUGCCUCGAGUAAAUGGUGCCUCCGAGAACUGGCUCAGAUGGUCGAGCAGCUCAAUGAUGGAAUGAUCAUAAUGCCCGUCUUCUUUGAGAUCCCCGUGGAUCAUGUGAAAAUGAAGGACGGGGAGGGUCCCUACGCCGCUAAAAUUGAGGCAUACAAGAAGGACCCAACAGUAAAACCGCAUAUGAUCCAGGAAUGGGUGGAUGCCCUAAAGAAAGUGACGUCUUUGAAAGGGCGGCAAGUCGAUUGUGGGCAAGGAGAAUUUGCAAAAAUUAUGGUCUCAAAAGUUUUGAAGAAAUUGAGAAAGACUAAGCUCAAUUUGUCCGACAAAUUAGUUGGGAUUGAAGAACACUUGACUAAGCUGAGAAGAAUGUCGGAUACUGACUCUAGUGACGUGCGGAUGAUUGUCAUCUCCGGCAUUCCAGGCAUUGGCAAGACAACCCUCGCAAAGUCUGUCUACAAUGAUAUCUGCCACCUCUUUGAUCGUUGCAGUUUUCUAGGUGAUAUUCAAGAAACUUCUGCAAAGAAGGGUCUUGUAGCUUUGCAACAUCAGUUGGUUUCUGACAUCAUCCGAAGGGACUUGGCAAACUUCAACUCGGUUGAGGAAGGAGUUAGCUUCCUCCAAGAUAGAUUCAGCACAUUGAAAGUCCUCAUCCUCUUGGAUGAUGUGCAUGAGAAGACUCAGCUUGAAGCAUUGGUUGGAAGUCUCAAUUGGUUUGGUUUAGGGAGUAUAAUCAUUAUCACAACCAAAUAUAAAUUAGUUCUCAGUGGGCGUGAAGUAACAGAAACUUAUGAUGUCACAGAGAUGAAUCAUGGUGAUGCUCUAAAACUUUUCUGUAGACAUGCCUUUGCAAAGGAUUGUCCAGAACAUGACUAUGUUGAUCUCUCUCAAAGAAUUGUGUCUGCCACUGGAAGACUUCCUUUAGCUCUUGAGCUCGCAGGUUCACAAUUGUCUAUGUUUCGGGAACAAAAAGAAGUAUGGGAAGCUCUGCUGGAAAAGUUAGAAAAACUACCUGAUGAUGAUGUCCAGAAGAAGUUGAAGAUUCAUUAUGAACUAUCGAGCAAUUCCCAACGGCAUAUUUUUCUCAACAUAGCUGUUUUCUUGUGGGAGUGGAUAAAAAAAAUAGCAUCUUACAUGUGGAAGGAACUUGGCUUGUUCCCUUCUCUCGAACUCGAGAAGCUCUAUCUCAUGUCCAUGAUAAAGAUUGGAGAUGGCGAUAGGAUAUGGAUGAUCAACUGAGGAAGCUUGGCAGGCA